UUCUGGGACUCUGGAGCUGGUGAGGUGGACCUAUGAGGUCACAAUGUAGCUUCCCUCCUAUACCCCACCCCCCUGCAGGGCCCCAGGUUAGAGGGCAGAGCAGAGGCAGCAUGGGCUGUGGCCCCCAGUGGUAACCAGUCCUACCAUGGGAAACAACAGUUCCCACAAGAGGACCAAAGCACCCAAGCAGGCCCACAAGGAGAGGCCACCGGACAUGGACAAGGGCCGGCCGAAACAGUUCUCCAGCCACCUCCAGCGGAAGAAGCCAAGUACCGAAGGCUCAAAACAUACCACUUUCCCCCUCUUCACCUGGGGAGAGGCCCUUGACCAGGCUGAGACCAAGAUCGUGCUGCUUUUCCCCCUGGACAAGCGGCAGCAGCUGGCCGAGGCGGCGGCGGCGGCGGCGGCGGCGGCGGCGGCGGGCCCGGGCGCGCGGCCCGGGCGGUCGGGCGAGAACGCCCCGGCCCCGGCGGCGGCACCCAUGCUGCGAGGGGCGGGCGACUGCGCUGAGACGCGCGAAGGCGCGCGCGCGCGCGAGAUGAAGAAAAUCCUGGUCCUGCUGCUGCUGCUGGACGCGCGGCUGCAGGAGGAGGGGCGCCGCGCGGGCAGCGGGGCCGGAUCGGGGGGCGGGCCCGGAGGCGGGGCCAAGGCCGCGCAGGGCUGGCAGCGGCUGUACGCGCGCCUGCUGACCGAGAGCGAGGCGGACGGCGAGGGCGACCCCCGCGAGGAGCAGCCCCGCAAGCGGCGCCGCUGCCCUCGCCCGCGGCCCUGA